AUGAUUUUCCAUGAAUUACCAGACGAUUCAAGGUUUUCAAAUGAUUCUUUCAUGGAUCUUAAUGUUACUAAUAUUACCUAAACUAAUCUCAAUAGAGCAAGCAAUCUUGAAAAUAUGUUACUCAGACUGCCGUAAGUCUCAAAUAGAUAAAUAGACGACAAUAACCUGCUCAAACCAUUCCAUCAUAAUAAGUCUAUCAAAUCUGUAAGCUUUUAGAACUCUGAGGUCCUAGUUCAUAAUCACACUCCAAAGAAGAAGUCUACAGAUGCUGCAUUUUUACAAGUACCGAGGAAUUUUGGCAAUACUGGAGUAUUGACAGAAAAAGCCCCCGUAGAUCCUAAAAGAAUUUCAAUAAUGAGGAGAAGCUUUAAUACUCUAUAGUCGAUCACUAAAUACGUUAAAGGGAGUUCCUAGCAAUCCCCUUCAAGUAGUGAGUAAAAUAGUCUAAAUUUUAAUGAUGGCAAUUCUAAUACUAAUGGGAAUAAAAACAAAAAGAAACUGAAGUUUCAAGGUUCAUCCGAGCCAGAUCAAACUUUAAAUGAAAGCGAAGAAUUAGAUAAUUUGAAAAUGUAACUUCCUGAGAGCGUUGUAAAUCUUUUGAUGCAGCCAAGAAGAAAUAUAGAUUUAAAGGAUGAUCAUAACUUUGAAGACUAGAAAUGGACAGGAAUGAUUAAUAACAAUGAAAAUCAUGAUGCCUCCUAUGAUGAUAAUAUACUCUAAUAAGCUCUUGCAAUUUAAGAUAAUGACUUAUAAAACUUUGAAGAAAAAAAGAUAGAUGUAAAAACAAAAGAGAAAAUGCCAUUUCUAAUUUUCUCUUAUAAAUCCAAAAGCAGAAUGUACUGGGAUCUUUUAAUCAUUCUACUAGCUUUAUAUAAUUGCAUUAUGAUUCCUAUAGAAGUAUCAUAUAGUGGAAAUUUUUUCAGCAGUGAAGAAAAUCUAAGAAUAGGCUACUUUGAAUAUGCAAUAGAUGGUCUAUUUGCUCUUGACAUCUUUUUUAGUUUUAGAACAACAUACCUUGAUGUAAGUUCAGGCAAGGAAAUAACAGAUCAAAAGAUAAUUGCAAAAAAGUAUUUCAAAUCUGGAGGGCUUGCCUUUGACUUAAUGUCAACUAUUCCAAUAGAUGAGGUUAUUGCACAGAUGAUUCCACAAGAUACUGCUAAGCAUUUAGGGCUUCUAGGACUUAUAAAAAUGACAAGAAUGCUAAGAUUAAGAAAAAUCAUCAACUUUAUGAACGUUUAGCAAAGCUUAAAAAAUAGUAUUAGAAUGUUUUAACUUAUCCUACUCUUAUUGCUGGCUGUUCAUUGGGUUGCUUGCAUAUGGUAUUUGCUUGUAAUCUAAGGUGUUGAAGAUAACGAGGUCUGGAAGCCAGUAUUUGAUGAUGAUAUAGAUUCCUCUGACUUUUACAAAACGAGUACUCUCUACUAGUAUCUUGUUACUUUUUACUAUUCUGUUUUAAUCCUUAUUGGUAGAGCAAAUGAAAUGGGCCCGGUAACUUUAUCAUAAACAACUUACUGCGCUUUUAUUCUAAUUCUUGGUUCUUUUGUUUCAACUUUUAUCUUUGGUAACAUUGCUGCUACAAUGGAGAGUGCGACAAAAAAAGAUUCAAAACUUUCAUAAAGACUUAGUUUAAUUUAAUCAAAUAUGGUCCUAAUUAAACUGCCUGUACCAUUAUAAGAUGAAAUUAUUAAAUAUGUGAUGUAAGUAGAGCAAGCUCCAGAAGUAUAGUACGAUUUGAAUAUGUUUUUAGAAACUUUGUCACCAAGUCUAAAAAGUAAAGUACUUCACUAUCUGCACAAUAGAAUCAUCAGAAAUCUGAGUGAAUUUAAAGAUGCUCAUGAAGUUGAGAUCAACUAUAUUGCCAAUCAUUUUAAAACUCUUUUAGUUCUGCCAACCAAUAAAAUAAUUUAGCAGGGAACCUAUGGAUAGGAGAUGUACUUUAUAAUAAAUGGCAAGGUUAGUAUAAUUCUAACAAUGGAUAUUAGCAAGAGUGCCAAAUAAUCAUAAAAUGAUUAGCAAGAGUAGCAGAAUUAUAGCCCUCUAAUCAUAAAGAAGAGAAAGCUAGUUAAGCGUAACAAAUUCUUUAAUUCAUAAGGUUCUAGUCUACAACAGAAAUUAUCAUCUGAUGGGAGUUAAUACAUAAAUUAAUAAAUGCAAACCUCAUAGGAUCAAGUUUCUCCUCAACCUCCUUUAAGUGCCUCAAUAUAUUUUGAUCGCUAAAGUGAAAAGAGUCUUUAAGAGCAAUCAGCAUCACCGAUAUAUAAUAAUAAGCAGGAUAUUGAUGAUUUAAAAGGUGGACUAGUUGAGAAAGAAGAUUUUACUCUUACUACAUUAGAAUUUGGAGGAUACUUCGGUGAAAUAGCACUCUUAUCUAAACUUAAGAGAACUACUACAGUUCAAGCUAUUGAUUACAGUACUUUAUCAUCACUUUCUAGAGAGACUAUGGAUAUUAUAAAAGUAGAAUAUCCAUAGAUCUAUAUGAACUUUAAGCGAAAAUUAGAUAACUACACUGAUGAUGAAAUGCAAAUGAGAAGAAGGUUUAUAGCUAACAUACCAUUUUUCAAUAAAAUUAGUGAUGAACUCAUUACAGAGUUAAUCUAUCUUCUUAGAGAAACUGCUUAUGACGGUGGCAAUGUUGUUGUAAAGCAUGGGGAUUUGAGUGAUAGAAUUCAUAUUGUUUGGAAAGGUUUCUUAAGAGUGGAAAUUUACUAUAAUGGAAAGGAUCAUUUCUUUGAAAAAUUGAACCGUGGAAGUUGCUUCUGUGUAUUCUCCGCAUUUUCAGAUGAUUAUACUUAAGUUUUUGAUUUCAAAGUAUUGUCAGAACAAGCUACCAUUUUAACAUUGAAAGCCAAAGAUAUGAUUAAGCUAGCAAAACGGAAUCUAGAGCUUGCUGAUAUAAUAAAAACUCUAGAAAUUUCAAUUAAAUAGCAUUAGAAGAGUGACUUUGAUUUCUUUAGAUUCCUAAAUGUCCAUCCCGUAUUCAAACCAGAGGAAUAUAGAAGGCAACUAAGAUUAAAGUUUCAAAGAGUGCUAAGAUAGAUAGCUUAGAGACUUUUGAAUAAGGAAAUUAAGAUGACUGAACCCCUACUAGUGGUAUAAUAAAUCUGCAAGGAAAGAAAAUUGAGGGAACAGAGAUUGAGAAUGAUGAUGCUCAAGAAAGAUGAGUAGCUUCAAUUUAAUACUAUGUCUAAUAGAGAAAGGAGACCAUCAACUUUGCAGUAAUAAAAUAACUUGCUCAUCUCACAAUCAAGCAGAGAACUACUAUCAUCAAGAAAUGGAACCACAAGUGUUGAUUCUUCUGUUUUACUUUCUUCAAGAUUAAUGAAGCAUGUUAAAAAUAUUAAUGAAAUUGAGGAAGAGUAGGAAAGAAUUACCAAAACAACACUUAAAGAAGAAGAAUUUGAGUAUGAAGAUAUUGCUAAGAAGAAUAGAAAGUAGAUGAUUUCUCAAAUUCUGAAUCCAUAUGAUGUCCCUGGAGUUGAAUUAAAAAUAUUUGAUAGGAUUGACGGACUACCUAAGGACCAAAAUAUGUAUACAAAAGAGCAGAUCGAGGUAUAUGAAAAUCUUUAAGCAAGAAUUGAGAAAUAAAAAUAAACAAGAGAAAAUGUACAGUUUCUGAAUAAACUCAUAUUCUAACAGAACUCUUAAAUAUCCUAACUCAAGCAUAUAUUUAAUAAAUAGACAAAAGAGCUCGAAUAAAGAAUAUUUUCAUUAGCAUAGUAAUCUAGGAUUAGACAAAAAUAAAAACUAGACUUAAGAUAAAUUGAGGAGCAGGAGAAAUUAGUAAAUAUGGAUGAAUUCGUAAGAUGCUAGUAGAAAUAAGAUAUAUUCAAGCAAAAAUGCUGGUAAUCUUUUGGAUAGUAACAGAAUGUUGACAUUAAUAGAAUUGAUGAGCAAAUAAAUAGUUUUAUUACUGUAAACCCUGAUGGAACAUUCCUCACCAAAACUAUAGAGUUCAGUUCAGCUUUCUAGCCUCUAUAGAUAGAUGGUUCUAAAGAAGAUAUUCUAACUAAGACAGAUGUCUCACACAACAAGCUACCAAUUUCUGAGAUUCCAUCAUAUCAAAACAUUUAGUUUGACUAAUCUACAAAUACCCUGGAAACUGAAGAAUCAUAAGAAGAGCAAUUAUAAUUACCCAUAGAGUAAUAAAGAUUUAAGGAAAAAGAUAAGUCUGUCAGGAAUAAAAGUAGGCCUAAAUCUUAGUUCUUGAGGAGGGUCAAGCCAUAAAUGCUAGGUAAGAAGCUACAAAAUGAGAUUAAUGUAUUUGGUGAUUAAUCUCCAAAAGCUCAGUAGAAAAUUACAACGAUAUAAAGGAGACUUUCAAAGUUAGAUGAGCUUAAACCAUAAAUUAAUGAAUUGAGAUAAUAAAGGACCUUAGAAGAAGAAAAGAAGCAGAUAUUUAAGAAUGAGGAGGAACCUGCCAUAAAAUUCUAUGAGGAUUUUGAUUCUACAAUAAAAAGAGCUGAGUCAAUAGCUGUGAAUAGUCAAAUAAGUAUAAUGACACCUAAUACUUAAAAGAAAAUCAAGAGAAGCUAGAAGAAAUAACUCAAAUAAAGAAAAUUUACUGAAAGGUAGAUCAAUUUAGAUGAUAAGAUCACUGAGAUAACAUCCCAAAGUCAUUAAGCAAAUAUAAGACCCUAUAGCAGAGAGUAAAGCUAGAAUUUAUCUGAGAAUCCUAUCAACUAAUAGUAAUUCGGGAAUCAGAGUCAUGAGGUUAAUUUUUCAUCAUUGCCUUAGAUAUAGGACUAUUAGGACAAUGAUGAUAUGAUUGGAGCUGGAUUGAAUAUGCAAUCAAGAUUUAUAAAAAAGAGAGCGAAAUCAAAGUAUGGGAAGGGAAAAGAUGGUACAUUAACUAAUAUAGAUCAAUCAAAGAUUUAAAUAUUGCAGAUCCCUGAAAGAUCAUAGACUAGAGAUUAAUCAAGAAUGAGACCUAGGAGUUAAAUAAGAAAAGGAUCAUCAUAAAUGAAAAACUCAGAGAUUGAUAGCAACAGCACGUUUAACUCUCAUCUAUAAUCUAAUCUAACUAUGCUUGCACCAGGUCUUUCUUUUGGAAUUAAUAACAAAAACAAAAACUUAGUCGUAGAAAGCAGUAAGAAUAAUAUAUCAAUCAGUACUAAAGAUAACUAGCCAUCUUUGAAUUUCGGCUUCUAUAAAAGAUAGAGUUAAGAUAAUUAAUCAAGUAUUGAGUAGGAUCAACUUCAAUCUUUGAAUAAAUAAAAGAAAGCCAAAUCUAAAAAUAAAAAGAAUAAAUUGAAAAAUCUCAAAAUUCUCAGAAAAAAUGAAGAAAUUGAGGAAAAUGUUUACAAUGAUGAAUCUUUAUAAGAAAAUAAAAGUAGAAGCUAGUCUUAGAACGUUAAGAAAAUUAAAAAAUUUAAACUUGACUAGAAUGAUAAGAAUCAAUGGGAGUUCUAUAAAAAUGUUCCUAUCAGCAAAUAAGAUAAAUAAUAAUGA